CUUGGCCUUUAGGAGAGCUGAUCUCUUCAUAAAAUACAGAACAAAUAUCUCAGAAAAACGAAAAUGGGCAAUCAUCAUAGCCAGUCAUACUGCCUCUCAGAGGGCAGUCAGCAGUUGCCCAAAGGGGACACCCCACACUCGGCAGCCGUGCAGCCGCUCAGCCGCCCGUCAGGGAGUGGACAGCCAGAGCCCCAUCAGCCUGCCAAAGAGAGAAGUCAUCAGGGUUUUGAUGUGAAUCGAGACGCCAAAAAGCUGAACAAAGCCUGCAAAGGAAUGGGAACUGAUGAAGCGACCAUCAUUGAAAUCUUAUCAAGCAGGACAUCGAAUCAGAGGCAACAAAUAAAGCAAAAGUACAAGGCAACGUAUGGCAAGGACCUGCAGGAAGUGCUGGAGAGUGAGCUGAGCGGGCAUUUCAAGAAGACAGCCUUGGCGCUGCUGGACCGCCCGAGCGAAUACGAUGCCCGGCAGCUGCAGAAGGCCAUGAAGGGUCUGGGCACGGAUGAGGCAAUGCUCAUCGAGGUCCUGUGCACAAGAACCAAUAAGGAAAUCAUCGCCAUCAAAGAGGCCUACCAAAGGUUAUUUGACAGGAGCCUUGAAUCAGAUGUCAAAGAUGAUACGAGUGGAAACCUAAAAAAAAUUCUGGUGUCCCUGCUACAGGCUAAUCGUGAUGAAGGAGAUGAUGUGGACAAAGAUCUAGCUGGUCAGGAUGCCAAAGAGCUGUAUGAUGCAGGGGAAGGCCGCUGGGGCACUGACGAACUUGCCUUCAACGAAGUCCUGGCCAAGAGGAGCUACAAGCAGCUACGGGCCACCUUUCAAGCCUAUCAAAUUCUCAUCGGUAAAGACAUCGAAGAGGCCAUUGAAGCCGAGACGUCGGGAGAUCUGCAGAAGGCCUACUUGACCCUCGUGAGGUGUGCCCGCGAUCAGGAGGGCUAUUUUGCCGAGCGUCUGUACAAGGCCAUGAAGGGUGUGGGGACCGAUGAGGAGACGCUAAUUCACAUCUUUGUGACCAGGGCUGAGGCUGACCUUCAGGGGAUAAAAGCGAAGUUCCAAGAGAAGUAUCAGAAGUCCCUCUCUGACAUGGUUUGCUCAGACACCUCUGGGGACUUCCGGAAACUGCUGGUAGCCCUCUUGCACUGAACCAAGCCAGAGCGGUAGGAGCACAGGGAGGAACCAUCUUUGUCAAGAGCCUGUUCCAAACAAGAUUUGCAAAUAUGACUCCAGCACGAAAAGCCUUCAAGAAUCCUGGUUUAUUUUCUUGGCAGCUUCAGCAGUGCAGCCAGGCCAGGCUGUUUAAGUCAAAGACAGCAGCCUCGAGAUGCUUGGGCAGGUCACCUUGCACACCAGCUUAGCAAGGGUCUGGGCUGCCUCUUAACUUUUCUUUAGCAUGGUAACUGAAUGCUUUAUAUGCACAAAUGAAAUCAGCAGGUGAUGAAAAUAACUCUCCAUUUGUGAUGGUAAAAAAUUUAGAAGAAUAUAUAUCGCACAGGGGUAUGUGUGUUCUGGGUAAAGAUUGAAUGAUUAAGGUACAGGAAAGGCAAAAUUAACCAAUUCAUUAAUUUUCCUUCUGUGUGUUCAAUUUCAA